GUGGGCUGGUGGAUACUGUGGGCACAGUGGGCUGGGGGCCUAGGGGCCCCGGUGGCCCUAGGGACCCCCAUGGCCAUGGCUGAGCGGCCACGGCCUGGGUGGGCCUCGUAUCACAGCCCUAACACCAACAGCUGCCAGGACCUGGGCAACUCUAUCCUGCUGCUGCUGGGCCUUAUCAUUUGCAUUAACAUUGGCAUCAACAUGCUCUGGCGCAGACUCCGUGGCUUCUUACACCAAGUGUUCCAUGUUAUUUAUGAUAAAGAAGCUUCCAAGUUAUGCUCACCUGGGAAGCAGACCCAGCCCUCGAAGCAUAGCUCUCCAGCAGUCCACCUACGAUGCACCAUGGACCCCGUGAAGAUGACGGUGACCCCCCCACCCACUCGCCGCCGUCGCCGUCGAGGCUCUUCAUCGCGCCGUGCCCACCGCCCAGUGGCCUGGGCCCCUGACACUGACGAUGACAAUGACAAGAAGCCCCCGCAUCAGCACACAGCAGCCUGCUCCCACAACUGGGACUACCCUGAGGAUUGGGAGGGUUUACAGUCUGCCCAGAGGUUCUGGACUCCCUGGGCCCAGGACGCCUUGGAGCCUCCUACCCAGACCAUCCGCUUCCAGCAGACUAUAGAGGGAAGGCCCCUCAAGAGAGAGAUGCAGUCUGACCUGGGCCUAGAGGCCUACGUGUACCCUGUGAAUCCCCCACUCCCCAGCCCUCAGAUCCUGAGCUAUAAGAACAGUGGAGGUGGGGCAGGGGCAGGGGCCCAGGCGGAACAGGAGCAGUGCGCACCAGCCAAACCACCCAUCCUGGGCCCAGCCAAUGUCCCAGACAUCCCCCGGCGCCGCUCCUCAGGGCGCGUAGCCUACGAUGCCAGGGAUGUGAGGCGGCGGCUGCGGGAGCUGACCAGGGAGGUGGAGGCCCUGUCGCACUGUUACCCUCUGGCCUCUGGAUCCAGCACAGCUGAGGGGACAAGAAAGGACUGGGUAUACCGUUUCCUGACAGAGAGUGUUCGAGGAAGCCCCCACCAAAUCCCACUCCAGAUGCCCAGGCAGUACUGCACUUGAGGGGAGACCCUCAUCCCAUGGCUCCACCUCCUCAGAGGUCUGGCUCCUGCCAGAGCCCAGGUUCAUGCUGCAGCUACAGGUGAGGUGUGGUCCCUCUUAAGCCCUGGAAUCUUUGGUGGGGGAUUACUGAGGGUUAGGGUACCCCGGCCCUCACAGUUCCCCUGUCAGAACCCAAAGCUCCUGUACCCUCGAGCAGGCUUGGAGCAGUGAUAAAAUACAGAGGAUGCUGUGGCCCUCUGUGACCUUCAUGUCUCUGGCUCAGCACCUCCAUAUCACAAAUGAGACUGGGGCUCAGAUCACGUGACUUAUGGUCACAUGGACUCCAAGGAUCAACUUCAGGGCCUCAGGUGCUCCAGCCUCUGCUCCCACAGGUAGAUCCCCUUUGCUUCUGAGUCAGCUUGGCCCACCAGAGUCUCCCAUCUUCCUCAGUUUCCCAUGGAAACUCAUCAGAAUAUUCCAUCCACUGGAUAUCUGGGAAACCCAGGCCCUACCUACUUCUAGACAGUUAGGAUCACCAACACAUACUCAACUUGUGAACAAGGAACCAGGCGAAGGACUAGACCUCACCUUCCAUGCCAGAUGGGUUCCUGGAAUGUGAGCAGAUAGGCCUUUUAUGAAUCACCUCGCUUCUCUGCCAUUUUCCUUUGACCAACAUUAUUGAUCAUUUUGAACUGACUCCACUAAGUGGGUCUAUUUUAAAUGCCUACUAUAUGUUUGGAGGCUGGAUGGGAAAUGCCCACUGGCUGUUCCUCUAUUUUUCUUUUUCCUCUCUUUUUGACCACACAGUGCGAUUUGUGGGAUCUUAGUUCCCUGACCAGGGACUGAACCCAGGCCCUUGGCAAUGAAAGUGCAGAGUGCUAACCAUUGGACCUCCAGGGAAUUCCCUGUUCCUCUCUUUCUGCUAAGUUGUUCAUUAUACAAAAAAAAUGACCUGAGGUCCCCGCAGUACCACUUUCUUAGACCACAGCGAUGAACCUGGUUUAAAUCAUAGAUUCCUUUUGUCACAUCAACAAUUACAUCCAAAGUUUGUGCUUUGUGAAUUUCAUGUGGUUUUCUUAAGAUGGCAACUAAUCCUUUUUCAAAUUGGAGGGGUGGCUCAGUGGGAGAGCAGUUGGUUAGGAAGGAGAGAAACCAUGGUUGAGGGGUGGUCUCUAGCAAAGGCAGCAACCUCAUGCUCUGAAGUAAAGGGGCCAGGUGGCUCAGUGAUCACAAACAACAAAGGCUGUAGUCCCCGGCCAGGAAGGGAUGGCCAACGUGGAUGCUAGAGGGCUUAUGACGGGGACAUGGGCAGAACUGGGAGGGAAUGGUGCAGUGGGGUGACGCCAGAGGGGACUGUCACCCAUCCAUCUAAUCACCUUAGCUGCACACCGCAAGCAGGUGUGGGUAGGGAGUUCCAACAGGCUAAAAUUGCCAUAUCUCAAUGAAAUGGAGGAAAUCCUUUAUGCGUGGCUCAGUCCCUAUGAAGACCAUGUCCCCACUGUAGUAUGUUUUCAAAUCGAGUUAAGCCAGCCCCUACAAAGACAGGACAGACUGAACUCUGGGGGCUGGGCUCCAUUAGUGGGAGUCAAGGGCAAAGAUGGCCACAUCAAGGGCCAGCUGAGUGCAUGAAAGACAUGCCACCUCUGCAUUGUGACUCCCUGCAACAUGCCUUAUUGUGACCGCGCUCCCUCACCUGCUGGUAGGUAUCCCAGGUCCCAC